GCAUCAGGGACCAUGACAGGCAUCGCCGCUGCUUCUUUCUUUUCCAACGCUUGCAGGUUCGGCAGCUGCGGGCUGCACUUCGAUUCCCUGGCCGAGCUCAUCUUGCACAUCGAGGAUAACCAUAUCGACACAGAUCCACGCCUUUUGGAGACACAGGAGCAGCAGCAGCCCACCUAUGUCGCCCUCAGCUACAUCAACAGGUUUAUGACAGGAGCCGCUAGGCAAGAGCACGAUUCGCUGAAGAAGAAGAUUCAGCCCAAAGUCUAUCUGUCUUUAAUGGGGAGUCUGUGUCGCAGCAAUGUGGCCGCACAACCUCGCCACACCAGCGGAAAUCUCACCCCUCCCGUCACACCGCCCAUCACUCCAUCCUCAUCUUUUCGUUGCAGCACGCCCACAGGUAACUUGUCGUCUACACGGCGCUUCCCACGCACAGGCAGCGAGUGCGACGAAGAGGAGAUGGACUUUGAGGAUUCUGACAGCGACAAGUCGUGGACUACAGAGAACGCCAUCAGCUCGCAGUCAAUCCUCAGCUCAAUGUGCAUGAAUGGUGACGAUGAGAAACCCUUUGCCUGCCCCAUUCCGGGCUGUAAAAAGAGAUAUAAGAAUGUCAACGGGAUCAAGUAUCACGCCAAGAACGGCCACCGGAUGCAGGUAAGAGUACAAAAAGCCUUCAAGUGCCGCUGCGGGAAGAGCUACAAGACAUCUCAGGGUCUCCGUUACCACAGCGUCAACUUCCACCCACCUGUCACUGCUGAUGUCAUCCAUUGUAAAAUACGGUAG